AUGACGAUGAUGAUGCUGAUGAUGAUGAUGAUGAUAUUGCCGAAAAUGAAGGAGGAGCCAAUUCAUCGUCCAGAAGAUUUUGAUCGCAUGCUGAAGAUGAGGUUAUAUAAAGAAAAGUUAUAUAAUGAAGGUGCUGAAGGGGUUACAAAGAGUGAUUUGUUGAAGGUAAGAAACUUAGAGAAACUUAGAAAUCGAUGGAAAAGGAUAGCAGCUUCAUGCGCCAAAUUUUCUGGAGCAUAUGCAAGUGCAGUAGAAAGGAGUGCCAGUGGUGAAUGUGAUGAUGAUGAAAUGAAGCUAGCACAUAAACUAUAUAGGGCUGACAAUACAAAAAAAAAUACCUCUAAGAGAUCACGGAUAAAUGAAGCUGGUAACUACUCGUCUUCAACAAACCCAAAUACACCAACCAGUGGUGAUAUUGGGAGUUUUGGGUUCCCCUUAAGUGACGGAUCAAGCAAAAAUAAAGGUAAGAACAAAGUGAUGAAUGUGCCUUCAGAGUCAUUUCAACAAUGGUUAGAUGUUGUGCAAAACAUGAACAUUACAAGACAAUCUGAAACUGAGAUGGAAAGAGAAAAAUUGAAAUAUGAAAGAAAAAGAGAGGUUGAAAAGGUUCAAUUGGAAAGAGAGAAAGAAGCACGAAAGCAACGAAAAAUCAACAUGGAGUUAUUCAAGAUACUUGAAGCCAAACCGUACUUGUCGGAAGAAGAUCAAGAACGCCGUAACAAUUUAGUGAGGAUAUUAUUCCCAUGA